CCCGCGGUCCCAAAACAUUCUCCUAGCUCUGUUAUUUGUGCUACCUAUAAGCUGAGGGCGCUAAUCGACACUGCUGGCUGACAGCAUACGCUUUAGAUGCCGCCCGCGUGUGGGCUAGUUCAAGGCGACGCCAGCUGGAGACUAAACACUAGCAAGGAGAUGCAGUUCGACGACGGCGCAGGCGCUAUGGACGACGCGGUUCGGGCAGCGGGCGAUGCGCUCGGCGCCCGUCGCCCGCCCACGUCUGCCUAUCGCGGUGUCUGCUGGCACAGGAAGUCAAAGCGGUGGCAGAGCGCUAUCAACAGUUCUGGCAAGCACGUGUACCUGGGGAGCUUUGAUACGGAGGAGGAGGCUGCGCGCAUGUUUGACAAGGUCGCCAUUCGAGUGCGCGGCGGCAAAGCCAAACUCAACUUCCCGGUCGAGGACUACGUCGGCCCCGACGGCCAGCUGCUGCCCUCCGACCCCGCCGACCCCCGCCUGGAGGCCGUGGUGCGGGAGGCGCGCCGGGCGCUUAUGGACAAGCAGCAGCAGCGCGCCGGCGAGGCUCUGGACAUGGGCGGCGCAGGUGCCGGCAUGCCCGGCCACUACGGCUACUACGCACCGCUGAGCGGCCUUGCCGCCGCGCCACUGGCACUGCCGGCGCCGCUGCCGCUGCCGUCCCCGCCGCUGCUGGGCGGUCACCCGCAUUCCCACGGCGACGCUGACGGCGGCCUGUUUGCCAAGCGCCGCCGCUACGACCUGCCCUACGGCUCAGAGCACGGCGGCCCGGUGCUGGAGCUGAGCAAACCGCCCGCCACCGCCGGCCUGCGCCCCGCUCAGUACCCCCCGCAGUACCCGCCCCAUUACCAGCAGCAGUACCCGCCAGCGUACCAACAGCAGCAGCAGUACCAGCAACCCCAUGCAGGCAUGGCCGUCGUUGAUGGCAGCGGCAGUCGCAGCGCCGUGUAUCUGCGCCAGCCGCCGCCCGUGCCCCUGGACGUGUCAAGCUUCACCGCGACUCCCUCAACUGUAGGUGCCCCCCGUGCGGUCCCCGCCAGCGUGUCACUGCGCACGUCCUCGCCGCGGCUGCACAUGGAGCCGCCGCAGUCGCAGCAGCAGCCCCAGCAGUUGAUGCAGCUGGUGGUGCGGCAAGGCGGUGGCAGCCUGACGGGCGUGCUGGGCGGCGGAAGCGGGCCCGCCCCUGGCGGCGGCAUGGAUGACGACGUGGUAGCGGCAGUGGGCGGCGGCGCCAUGCAGCUCAAGCCCGACGACCGCACUGCCACCGGCACCGGCAUGGCCCAGCAGCAGCAGCAGCAGACGCAGCAGCCUCCCUCCAGCUCCAGCGGUGCGCCGGCGAACACCGAGGCCCUGCUGCUGGCUGCGCUGCUGCAGCGCGAGCAGCAACGCGAGCAGCAGCGCCGGGAGCAGCGUGAGCAGCAGCAGCAACAACAGCAGCUGCAGCAAGAGGACGAGGCUGAGCAGUCGGCUGCCUCGGUGUUGCGCCACCUGCUGCGCUGCUCCCAGCAGCAGACAACCAAGGCUGCCGGCGAGUCCGCCGAGGCUGCCAACGUGCGCCGCAGCAGCUGCGGCGACAUGGGCAGCGGCGUGGCUGCCUCUUCAGGCUGCGGCGCCAAGCGCUCCCGCGAGGAGGGCGAGGACGGCGCUGCGAGGUGGUCGCCGCGGCACGAGAGCUCGUUGCUGCCGCCGGCCUCAGGCUCCGCUGUCAGCUUGCGCGCCCAGAGCAGCGGCCCCGCACCAACGGGCGGUACCGUCCCCUCUGCCCCUGCGUCCGCUACUCCUGCGUCUGCUGCCCCAGCUGCCGGCGACGACGUGCCUGCCCUGGUGCGCCGCUUCCUGGCGGCGGCGCCCAGCCAGCUGCCGCGGGGCGCCACGCUGCAGUGUGUGGUGCCGGUGAGCGAGGAGCCCGCGGCCGCGGUGCUGCUGGGCUACACCUACUGCACCAGCGGCAGUGGCAGCGCCACAGCCAGCCCCACCACCUCGGCGGCGCGCGGCGACGGUGCUGUGGCAGCCGGCGGUGCUGACGUCGCUGACGUGACCGCGCCCGCCCGCGGCAGCCACCCGUCUUCGCCCACCGCCGCCGGCGGCCUGGCGCCCAGCGGCAGCGCCUUCGCCCGCGCCAGCACCAGCGCUCGCGAGCAGUGGGGCGCGGGCGUGUUCCUGCGCGGCGCCUGCCGCGACCUGGGCAGCACCUUCUCAACCGGCGAGGACGCGCUGCAGGCGGCGCAGGGCUGUGUGCGCCUCAUGCUCGACUGCCUGGUGCCGCUGGCGCCGCCGCCCUCAGCCGCCGCCGCUCGUGAGGAGCACCGGCCGCAGGCGCCGCCUCUGCCGCGCAGCCAGCCGGUGAAGCGGUCGUGGCCGCAGUCUGCACACAGCCACAGUGAGGAGGUGCCCGCGCCGCAGCGCCCGCAGCAGCCCGCCUGCCCGGCGCCGCUGCCAUCCCGCGCCGGCAGCGGCUCUAUCUUGGAGACUCUGCAGCGGCAGGUGCAGCAGCAGCAGCAGAGCAUGCGCCAGCCGCCCUCGCCGAAGGAGGUGUUGAAGCCGGAACAGAAACAGCAGCAGCCGCUGAAGCUGGAGGAUUUGCUGUCCGGCGCCUCGAGCUCGCAGCUGCUGGCCCUGCUCACCCGCCUGUGCCAGCAGCAACAGCAGUGAACAGGGAGGCGGCGAGGUUGAACUGGAAGUGACGUCGGGGACAUGUCGUGGCACGCCGGUGCUGAGUAGCACACCGCUGCAUGUGACACAUGUUGCACUGCCGGCUGGACAAAAGGUUCCCAAGGAGUUGUGUGUUGCGGCUAUCGCUUUACCCUGGUGUAGUUACCCUGUCGGGGGUUGCUUGCUCUCUGUCAAUAUCGACUGCAAGGAGAGACAGGCAAGGCGCCAUUAAUUGAGGGAAAAAGAAGAUUCCCUAUAAACUGUGGUGGGUAGCGGCCCAAAUGCCGCUAAAGGAUAAGUCACGUGGUUCGCAUUGGACAAGCAAGACGAUGGGGAGACUGACGAAGGGCGUACGCGCUCUCUGAGCAUAGCAUUCGGGAACGGCCAACAGCCUACAAACCCAAUCUAAUCAUGAAAAGCGGUGUGGCGCCUGUGCGCGCCCCAGUACGCUUGCGAUUUCUGAUGCCAUGUGGCGCGAUGUGCUCCGUGUGUGUUCGUUACGGGUUGUUCUGUUUGAUUGUGUGCGUGCGGCAGGCUAGAAGCAGUGCCCCCGGCAGGCCAGAAGCAGUGCCCCUGGCCCCACAUGCGCGUGUGGCAGCGUGUGUACUUGACGGUGUAGGAUGUGUCUGUGUCUAGGUCGAGCGUGUACUGGGACAGCAAUGCAGGGCCGUCAGUUGCACAACACUGAGGACUGAAGCGAAGGUACUGAAGCGAACUCCGCGAGACUGAAGAGAGAUGCACGAUGCACGAGAGGGGAGCGUCGCUUCGCACACAUUGGUACGGGCUGUACGGCACGCCCCAUGCAGACGCACCUUAAUGUAAAGUACAUGUUGUCA